GGCGGGGCCCAGCGCCGGCUCCGCCUCCAGCUGCUGCCGGGCGAGGUGGCAAGCUGACCUAUUUAAGAUGUCCAUGGAUAUAACUUUCCUUGGGACGGGCUCAGCGUACCCCUCUCCAACACGAGGAGCGUCGGCAUUGGUGCUUCGCAGAGAAGGGGAGUGCUGGCUCUUCGACUGCGGGGAGGGAACGCAGACACAGUUCAUGAAAAGCCACCUAAAAGCGGGUAGAAUUACAAAGAUUUUCAUAACUCAUCUUCAUGGUGACCAUUUUUUUGGACUUCCUGGCCUGCUGUGUACACUGAGCCUUCAAAGUAGCCCUGACUCAAACAAACCACCCGUUGAUAUUUAUGGACCAUUAGGACUACGAAACUUUAUAUGGAGGACUAUGGAGCUCUCCCACUCGCAGCUUCUGUUUCCUUACGUUGUUCAUGAACUUGUCCCGACACGGGAGCAGUGCCCUGCAGAAGAGUUUAAAGACCUUUCUUGUCUGGACAGAGACGAAGUACCUUCAGAGGAAGCACAAGGGAGAAUACUCCACCUGGAUCCUGUAGAAAACUCUUACUUGCUGGUUGAUGAUGAGCAGUUUGUUGUGAAAGCGUUCCGUCUCUUCCACCGCAUUCCUUCAUUUGGCUUUGUAGUGGAAGAGAAGCCACGGACGGGUAAACUCAAUGUACAAAAACUAAAAGAAAUUGGAGUUCAGCCAGGUCCUCUAUAUGGAAAACUGAAGAACGGUAUUACAGUUGUUCUAGAAAAUGGAAUGGCUAUUUCUCCUUCAGAAGUCUUAGAAGACCCUAUUCCUGGAAGAAAAAUUUGCAUUUUAGGGGACUGUUCAGGGGUGGUUGGAGAUGCAGCCAUGAAACUUUGCAGUGAAGCAGAUAUAUUGAUUCAUGAAGCCACACUGGAUGAUACCCAAGAGGAGAAGGCCAGAGAGCAUGGUCAUAGCACUCCAAAAAUGGCAUCUGAUUUUGCAAAAUUGUGUAAAGUUAAGAAACUGGUUUUGACUCACUUCAGUCAACGGUAUAAACCAACUGCUCAGAUAGGUGAAGGAGAUACUGACAUAACAGAACUGAAGAGACAGGCAGAGUCAGUGUUAGAUGGUCAAGAAGUCACACUAGCUGAGGAUUUUAUGACAAUAGAAGUUCCAAUGAAAAAGCAAAAAUAGUAGUGUUAACAGGCUCUACAUAAAGAUGUAAAGUAGGCUGGUGUUCAAUGACACUUAAAAGUAACGGUAGGGUUUCUGGUAUCCAAAUUAGUUCUGCGGUACAUGGAGAACAGUUGCAAGCUGGAGAAUGGUGGAGAGAGUACCAGGUACAGUUAUCAACACUUCUGUACAGAAAUAAAAAAAGGUACUCAGAAAUCUGGAACUUGGAAUAAAUUCCUAAGUGAUUGCUGCAGACACCUAGACUGGCCAGAAAUUGGAACGUGUAGGCAUAAGCCUUCUGAGCCUAGAGGUUUCACUUAAACUAAAGAAAGAUCCCUAGAAAAGACUACUGGAUUAUUUCACUUAAUACAGUCUUCAGGAAGGUUAUAGUCUACACCAGAAUUUAAAAUAUCUUGCCCGUGUUACAAGCCUUUGAAUAACAUCUGUUUCGAACUUGUAUAUGGUAUUUUGUAACUAUUUAUCUGAUUUCUGUGUAAGAGGAGUAUUAUGCUAAAACUAAUAAAGUGUUUAUAACUCUGCCAAAUAUUUGUAACUGGUGGUGU